CCCAUCAGCGAGUCGCGGCCAGCAACCAUCCUCCUCCUGCUCCCAUUCAGACCUCGCCGCCGGGGCAGCGGGACAGGGCCAGGGAGAGGCGGCCCCAGGGCAGCGGGCAGUGGAGGCGGCUGUGAGCAAGGACAACGCGCAGGUAGGAGCGUGCUCCUCCUGACGUGGCAGCGAGGGUCCCUUAGCCGCCCUGUGCCCUGCUCUCCGGCACAGCCUGCACGUCAGUCCCAGUAGUAGGGCAGAGAUGGUGCCCGCGUGCUCGGGCCGCGAUCCUCCCCCUGCAGACGUGCAUCUGGGAAAGACCUCGCAAGCCAUCAGCCUCAGUCCUGCAUCCUGGCAGGGAUCCGCACUUGGGCCAGGAGGAGCUACCAGAAAAAAUGCUCCCCGCGCUCCCCUUCCAAAGCCAUGAGCUAACGGGGAUGGCAGACAGAGAGGGAGGGCUUUGGGGAUUCCUACGGUCUCAGAAAGGUUUAGAAAGCAGCCAGAUGACGAGUCCUAGGGAGUGGACUGACACUAGUGGGGAAGGAGGGAAAACCCAUUGCUAAGGUGGUGCCUGCAUCUCUCUCCGUGGUCUCAUGUGGGAACCCGGGGCACUGGUGGGAGCCUUUGUCCUCUCUGUAAGGUGGCUCCGUGGCUGGAGAAGGAAAUCGAUGACAGAGCCAACAGGGCGGCCCAGGACACUGCCUACCAUCACAGCCAGAAGCUCACGCUUAUCCACCAGGUCCUGGUAAGAUCUGGGGAGGGGAGGGUCCCAUCAGGGGUCACAUGGACAGCAGUGUUUCAAGGAUGGGCAUGCCAGGGCAGAGGUUCACGAAGAGCUCAGACACAUCUCUGGCUAUUGCGAAGUAAUCUCGGCUGCUUGCAAACAAAGGUGGUCACCAAAUACCUGGAGGCACCAGGCUUGGAAUAUUUCGCUCUGAGUCCAGGCUCCUGGCAGAGGAGCGCAGUUGCAAGUCUCAUCAUGGAUGCCAAGAGGAGCUAAAGCAGGUGUCUGAGCUGGGAGAUCCCUUCUCUGAUACCAGUCUCCCCUGGGCUUGCAGGAGCACCUGAACAACCUGCCACAGGGCUUGUGGGAUGUCUCUGCCAACGUAGCGCGCUGCCAAGGGUUCCUGCUCAUUGCCAACCUCAGUCAGACACAGCCGCUCUUGGAGACGAAGGAGAAGUCGGCGGCGGUCAGCACCUGCCUGGCCAGCACCUUCCCCCUCCCCUCAACCGAGACCCUGGCGGAGGCCGACACAGCGAGUGCCCAGCACGUAGCCCCGUGGAUGGCAUCGGAGAAGGUCCACGAGCGGACAAGAGCUGUGAGCACCACCCUCGGCUUGCUAAAAUCUGCAGCCAGCAAUCCUCACUUCCACGCAUCGCCCACAUUUCCCAGGCCUGGGCUCCUAGCUGGGCGGCUGGUCGCGUGUGUCGGGGCCCCGGAGGUGGACGUUAGCAGCCAGGCUUUGCAAGGCUUGCAUUUCCUCCACUCGCUCAUGAAGCGGCAAGCAGCACCUGGCACGAGGAUGGGUUGGGGAAAAGCAGAACAACAACACGGGCAGGAGGAGAAGCUGGAUUUGCCAGGCUGCUCUGAGAUGCGCGCGAACUUCCUGGAAUUAAUCAAGGAACUGGGACAGCUUCUCACCCCCGAUCAGCUGACAGAUCUUAUACUGACAGUUACAGGGGGCCUGAAGGAAGCCAGUGAGAGCAACAUGGAAGCAUCAAAAGCCGCCCUGACUUUAAUCCUGAACAAGUAUAAGCAUGGGCUACAAGCACAGGUAGUUAUCUCUCGGAUGUGUGGGAAGGUUUAGAGGUACCAGAAGUGGGACGCUUUCAUUGCAUGUUGUGCUGAUGUUGCCUGGGUUGCAAAUGGACUGUAAAAAACCAGGUAAGAAGCCUGAAAAAUAAGUGCAGAGCCUCCAUGAUGUACAGAGGACAUCACCUGCAUGUAGCCCUGUUCUCUUCUAGGUGCCCACACUUGUGAACGGUUUCUACCACCACCUCAGGAACCUCCACCAGUCCCAAGCUCGGCAUGUAAUCAUGACAUUAUUGUUCUUCCUGACUCACACUUUCAUGGAAGAGGUCACCUCGGCCCUCCUGAGCUUCCAGCUGCCCCUGGACAAGUAUGGAGAGCCCUCCGCUCUUGUAUAUCUUGCUGCUUCUACCCUCUCAGCAGUCUUAGCUUGGUCGUGUAGCAAAUACCUCUCUUGCCACAGCAGGUUGCAGACUCACUGCCAUUUCUUCGUGCUCCCUUUCAGCACCUUCCCCACUGCCUUCCUGAUAACAGGGAUCUCGAGUUUUUGCCAAUGCCCUGUAUGACCAAAUUGAGCUGAUCAGCGUGUCUACACCAAUUUGGGGGGGUGGCCAGUUGGAACAGGGUCUGGUGGCACAGGACCUCCCUCCUAUGUGGGAGCACCAGAAUUUGCUCUAGCCUGGUACCCGAGCUGGUGUCAGGAACUAAACAGCUUUAUGGUUACAGCUUUCUCUCCAGUGGUGGCUGUGGGGCUGCUGCAGGCGUGCUGGGAACGCAGCGCUGCGAGUGCCCAUUUGUGUGAUGGCCUUCCUGAUCCUGCAGGGAUGCUGCUGGGAUGUGGAGGGCUCUCAUCAAGGCCAGAGUGGUUCCAGACACCCACCGCCUCAUGAACAUCCUGCUGCGGAGGCUGCAGGAGCGGCCAGGUGUCGCGGGGGAGAAAGCAUCCACCGCACCCGUAGUCGUAAGGAGCUUUCUGACAGGACGUUCCCGUCUCCCUAGAGGAGAGCUGGUACAGGCACUAGGGCAGAGGAUCGGGCCCAGUGACUGCUGCAGGAGAGAGACAGGACAGCACCCCUGCGGAAAUGCUCCCCUUCUCCAACCAUGUACCCUCUUCCCAUGAAAUAUUGUGUCCUAGCUGUUGCCUUUUGCUCCCCAAACCAAGGCUCUACCCACCAGCUAGUCCUUUCCUGUCCUCGGAGAUGACAACCUGUGCAGGGAUGGGUGAAUCCCCAGCCCUUCAGCUGCCCCUUUUCCAAGCAAGGGUCCCUGAGCUGACAAGGAAGGCACGAAGGGAUUUUAGCAUCGCGUGUGUGUUUCCCCCCCCAGGCAGCCAGCGCCGUGUGCGAAGUGCUGUCCGUGCACAAGGGCACGAGCGCGGUCACCUUCCGCCUGUUCCCCCGCCUGCUGAUGGCCCUGCUGGUCCAGGCCCACUACAGCGCAGGGCUCACUGUGCCAGACAGCCGGGGAUCCCAGAGGGGACUGCUCGCCGCGGGGUGAGGACGGGGAAGGGUGAGGUGCUGCGGGGCAUGUGUUCCCAGCAGCUCUGCCCCGCGUGCCCACUGUUGGCUUCACGGUCUGGGCCCUUUUCCGUCUGUCCUCGGCCAAGUGUGCCUUUCUCGUGACAGCUCCCACCCCCGUGAAUUUGUAAUGGCAGCACCUUCCCCUUGUCACAGCUCCCGGCAAGUGCCCUGUUGUCUCCCUACAACUCACACCAGCUGUGCUGCUCUGUGUGGUCCACGGUGGGUCUCCACCACCUCCAGCAAGCAAAGGCCAAGGUGGAAAUCCCAAAGGCAGAGACAAAGAGAUUCUCCUCAGCCUUGUUCCUGCAAGCACGCGGCCGUGCCUUGCCUGAUGAUGCGCUAACGCCCAUCCCAGUGGCACUCACUGGUGUCAUCUCCAUGGGCCUUCCUCCGAUUUUGCCAUCCUGCCUUGGGCAGUGAACUCUGGGAGGGACUUGUCUAGCCCAUGGGGACUGGCCCCAGCUCCUGGAUCUGCUGCAUCUAGGGGUCACAAGCAACAGCCGUGCCACUGGCACUGAGGACUUUGUAGUAGACCCAUGUUCUCUCAGAAUUUAAGAGGCCGCCUAGUCCUCCUCCCUGUCCAAGGCAGGACCAGUCUGCCACCCCUGCGGGAGAUGCCUGCCGAACCUGCUGCUGAAAGCCUCCUGUGGUGUGGCUGCAUGGCCGAGCUGGGCGCAGUGUGCAUUGUAAAUGUGUGUGUGCGAUGUAGGUCUGUCCCAUCAGUGUGGUCAACACAUUGCUCUCAAGACCUGCCAUAUGCUGUGGUGAUAUUCAGCCAGAGGAGAUCCGGGCUGAUGUGAUCCCUCUCUGCUGGUGCUGCUCUCAAUUCACAGCUGUGUGGUGGAGGCAGUCAAGACCCUUCUCCUGAAGAUGGGUUGCCACUAUGAAUUCACCUUUGUGGAGAAGGAGAGAGGCUGGGACAUGCUCACCAGUCCCAAAACUCACUACCGUGGUGUGACCCUGCUUGCAAGAGCCAUGGUCCGCCACAAUUGCUGUGAGCUUUGGAGGAUCUUGUAUCAUCUGGUCCCGUUCCUUGAACAAGGGGACAAGCAGCUCAAAAUCACAGCGAUGGCCUUUUUUGUUGAGCUCCUCCAUAUGCCGGAGGCUAAGCGGCUCCCACGAGAAUACUCAGUCACCCGCCUCGUGAAGGGACUUGCAGAUUGCGAUCCAGUUAUGCGGGCACUGUGUGUCAAAGGACUGAUAACCAUCAUAAAGUGGCCCAGAAAGGUGAAGUCGUGUUUGUUUUCUACCUGAGAAAAGCCGGUGUUAUUACACCUGAGGGC